CACACCAAUACCCUCAUUUUGACAACCAUCACGACUUCUAUCUUGGUAUUCCCCCAUCGUAACACUCUUGAAGAGAUGAUCUCUGCUAUUCCUCGAUACAAUUCGCUUGUGAUAUCGCCCAUAUGGCCGACAACAAGGAAGAUGCCUUCACGCGGUCGGGUACAGUCCCCUUGAUCAGGGGCAGAUGAAGCUAUUCAUCAGAUAUAAAUACCCCCUCAUUAUCCAGACAAUGAGUUGGAGAAUAGAUGCAGAAACAAUCGGUUUCUCAAAGCCACCUGGUUCUUCUUUCAGUCUCUCAGCUCCCUGCGAAAGAUCAUCCACAGAUCUGUCUCUCAUCUCACCAAAAGCAACCUUCUCCUCCCUUCCAGCAACUACAACGCACUGCCAUCCAGGCCCCUGCUUACAGCAAUGGCUUCCAUCAAGAACGAUGAGCAUCAGCAUCAGUCAUCGACCAAUGACCCAAGGGAAGUUGAAGAGAAGCUGUGCCAGCUAAUGAAGGACAAUUUGCACACUACCGCAAACGAUCCCACUGGAGCUGAGAAACAGUCCCAUCAGCCAGACUGCUCUCCUCCUCUCGACGAUCCUCCCACCGACUCGUCUUCGAGCCCCGACAACGACAACAAGACGAACGAAGAAGCGGAUGAACCGAGGAUCCAAGCAAAGGAGGCAACUGGGCUCAACAACGACCCGUCUCCAAGCCCCAACGAUGACAACAAGACGGACAAACGAGCAGAUGAAGAAGCGGAUGAAUCGACAGCCCCAGCAAAAGACGAAACCAAGCCCGCCGACGACGAGCUGUCCGAGUCAUCGGAAGACGAGUCGAAUUCCCCCGAACCAGACCCAAGCGAAACUAAAGCCGACAGACUGCGGCGCGAGCGACGGGCCCAGUUGGAUGAUUAUAUCAAACGGAGUCCCAAGAAGCUAAUGCCGCGCGAUAUCUGGCAAUUGGAACAAGACUUCCGACUUACAGACUGGCAGGCUUGCGCUACAGAUCCAUCUUAUCAGCCACCAGUAGGCACAGAACUGGAACUGAGCGAAGCCGAAGCCGAAGAGCUACAGCGCCAGGAACGAGAGUGGUGGAGGUUAGAACAGGAGGAUAUGAUGUCCUGCUGCCUGAUACCGGACGAGGGAUGGUUGGCCGAUCUGAAAACCGAGCAGACAAGUAAAAAUGAAGCGGCGGACGAAUCGACAACCCCAGUAAAAGAAGAAACCAAGCCCGACAACCAUCUGCCUCAGCCAUCAGAAAACGAGCCGGAUACCCAGCUUUGUCCAAGCGAGACCAAAGCUGACAGAAUGCGGCGCGAGCACCGAGCCCAGUUAGACAGUUAUUACAAACUCAAUCAAGGGAGUUUAUUGCCCCGUGGUGUCUGGCAAAUGGAACAAGACUUCCGACUUACAGACUGGCAGGCUUACGCUACAGAUCCAUCUUAUCUGCCACCGUUUGCUACACGACUGGAACUGAGCGAGUCGGAAGCUGAAGAGCUGCGGCGCCAGGAACGAGUAUUCUGGGAGCAAAAAGACUUGCCAUAUGACAGAAACUCGAGGAUCAUGCCACUGGAAUAUGAGGGAAUUAUACCCAAUGACGAUUGGUUUCACGAUCUUAAGGCUGAGCCAAUGAGUAGGGAGGAAGAGCUGCGGCGCUAUCAUGAGCAAAAGUCCCGUACGAAGAAGAGUAAGGAAUGUGAGGAUGGUCGGAAUAUUACAGCGGUCGCUCCAAACGAAGCCGAAAACAGCCUUGCUAGCGACCAGAUUAGAGCCGAUCCUUUGGUGCCAUCCAAGCUUUGAAAUCUUUUUCUUUCACCUCUUUCUGGGGAAUACCUUCCAGUGCUACGAGUGUCGACUACCAGCGAAAUGGUCAUUGAGAUCAGUCGUGGUCCGGUUUUCUCUACCUACUUGGAGCAAGGACUGCCCCUUCCCGCAAUCCCUCAUAAGUCCUUCGUUUAGUUCAUCAAUAUAAAUCAUUCUUUUAAGAAG